UGGCCGAGCCCUGGAGCUCGGAGCCCUGCGAUGGCCAGCGGCGCCAUGGAAGCGGACGCGGACCCCGAGGAGCUGGCCCGGCUGCGCUCGGUCUUCGCUACUUAUGACACGAACUGCUCGGGGCGCCUGGGGCGUGCGGAGUUCGAUGCUCUGUGCGCGGAGCUGCACGUGGCCGAGGCCGAAGCGGAGGCAGUGUUUCGGGGGCUCGACACCGACCGCGACGGCGCCAUCACUUUCCCGGAGUUCGCGCGCGGCUUCCGCGGAGCGCUCGGCCGGGACAGCGCAGAAGCCCAGAGCUACUGGGACGCGGCGGAGCCGGAGAGCCCGGGCCCGGCGUGGCGGGACUUCCACGCGCGCCUCGGAGACGAGGCCCAGCUCAUUCCCAGAAAAGAACAAGUUAGUACCCUGUACCAGAAUAUCAACCUUGUGGAGCCCAGACUAAUCCAGCCGUAUGAACAUGUGAUCAGGAACUUUCUCCGUGAGAUCAAACUUCAGAGCACAGAAAUGGAAAACUUGGCCAUUGCAGUGAAGAGAGCCCAGGACAAGGCAGCCAUUCAGCUGAGUGAGUUGGAAGAGGAAAUGGAUCAGAGGAUUCAUGCAGUGGAAAAUGAGACCCGGAAAGAUGAAAAACGCAAAGCUGAGGAAGCCCUCAGUGACCUCAGACGUCAGUAUGAAACAGAAGUAGGAGAUCUACAGGUGACCAUUAAAAGGUUAAAAAAGCUUGAAGAACAAUCAAGACACAUAAGUCAAAAGCAAGAUGUGACAGCAUUAAAGAAACAAAUUUAUGAUUUAACAAUGGAAAAUCAAAAACUCCAGAAAGAUCUUCUGGAAGCACAGACAAAUAUAGCUUUUCUUCAGAGUGAACUAGAUGCUUUGAAAAGUGAUUAUGCAGACCAGAGUCUGAAUUCUGAACGGGAUCUGGAAAUAAUCCGAGAGUACACAGAAGAUCGCAAUAGUCUUGAGAGGCAAAUUGAAAUCCUCCAAACAGCUAACAGGAAGCUACAUGACAGUAAUGAUGGCCUCAGGAGUGCACUAGAAAACACUUACAGCAAGCUCAACAGAUCCUUGCGUAUAAAUAACAUAUCACCAGGAAAUACAAUUUCUAGAAGUAGUCCCAAAUUUCAUCACCAUUCUUCUCAACCACUGGCCUAUGAUAGGUCAUUCCAUUCUUCAUAUGCAGAUGAGGAUUGUGACUCUUUGGCUCUCUGUGAUCCUCUGCAGAAGAUGAAUUAUGAAGUUGACAGCCUGCCUGAGAGCUGCUUUGACAGUGGCUUGUCUACUUUGAGAGACUCCAAUGAGUGUGACUCUGAGGUAGACUACAAGCAACAGGGAGGAUUUCAGAGUUUGCACAGAACACAGGAAAGCCUUCGGGGAGAUGCAUCAGACACAGAUGUUCCGGAUAUAAGAGAUGAAGAAGCAUUUGCUUCUGAAAGUGUGGCCUCUGUCUUAAACUGGAAGCCACAGGGGUCUGCUGGUGAGGGCAGUACUCUUACUUCUUCCAGAAAGCCCAUCUCAGCUCUUUCAUCUCAAAUAAGCAUGGUGGAUGACAACUCCAAACACACAUCUCAGAAGGCUUACAAGAUCGUGCUUGCAGGGGAUGCUGCAGUGGGAAAGUCCAGCUUUCUCAUGAGACUCUGCAAGAAUGAAUUUCAGGGAAACACAAGUGCAACCCUAGGAGUUGAUUUCCAAAUGAAAACUCUAAUUGUAGAUGGUGAACAAACAAUUCUUCAGCUCUGGGAUACAGCUGGACAAGAGAGAUUCAGAAGUAUCGCCAAGUCUUACUUCAGAAAAGCAGAUGGUGUCUUACUGCUGUAUGAUGUCACUUGUGAAAAAAGCUUUCUUAAUGUACGAGAAUGGGUGGAUAUGGUUGAGGAUGGAGCCCAUAGAACUAUUCCUAUCAUGUUAGUAGGAAACAAGGCUGAUCUUCGUGAUGUUUCUACUUCAGAGAAACAAAAGUGUAUAUCAGCAUAUCUAGGAGAAAAACUGGCCAUGACGUAUGGAGCAUUAUUCUGUGAAACAAGUGCCAAAGAUGGCUCAAAUGUGGUGGAAGCUGUUCUCCAUCUUGCUCGGGAAGUGAAAAAAAGGACAGAGGAUGAUGACAGCAGAUCCAUCACCAGUCUAGUUGGGUCUACUUCCAGAAAGUCACUGCAGAUGAAGAACUGUUGCAAUGGCUAAAUCUCUACUGUCCUUAGUUCAUGAAGUUACUGUUUCCAGAUUACUGAUUGUGGGACACUGGUUCUCCAUGGAGUGAUGCACCAUAGCACACUGACCUAUGAAGAAUCGCAGCCUGGCAAAUUGUACUGCUCUUGCCUAUUUUCAGGAACGUUGGGCUUUCCUUGCUGUCUCAGCGAGCUGUUUGGGGUGUCUGGCCAUGUAGAACACUAAGAGAAAAUAUGUUAAUAUUUUAAUAUGAUACAGUAAAACAAAACAGAAUUCUCAGAUCAGGCUAUUGAGAAACCACUUGUAAAAUUGCUUUGUAAGAAAACAUGUAGUGUGAAGUUAACCUGUGACAGUGUUUACUUAAAAUUUUGGGCAAAAGAGCAAAAUACUUUAUUUGUAUAUGGAAGUCAGUGCUUUCAUACAGAGAACAAGGAGACUAGCAGUAAAUUAUAUAAUACAGCUUUAAACCGUGGGUGGCAUAAGAUAGCAUGAAUAUUUUCAUUUGGCAAAUCAGCUUUUCUGUUACCUAGCCUGAUAAAGUUGGGCAUGUCCAGCUCACAUUACAGACACACAUCACGUACAGAUGAGAUUUGUUCUCGUCUGUAAAACCAGGAAGUUGGUCUCCAGGGCCUCUUGGAUUCUGUAGCAUUUUAAGAAGCAAGAAGGGCACAGUGGUCCACAAUUACUAAGGACCCUGUGAGGUCUAAACUUUUAAUACUGGUUUUUCAAAUUUCUGAAAUAAGAAUAGAAUUUAUUUGAGAAAAUGGAAAUAUAUGGCUCUAGUGAAAAUAAAACUACUUUUUAAUGAAAAAAAUAAGGUAUGUUUGAAAGUGCAUAUAACAAGAAAAUAGAAUUUCAGGAGGAAUUGUAAAAACUGUGGUUUAAAUUGUAUCUGAAAAUUUUAGUGAACACGUGUAUAACACAUACUAUUGAAAGAAGGAAGGCACAAAAAUGUAUUCCACCUCGUGACUGACAGAGGCAGAUGGAAGAAGGGAGUUGGCACAAAUGGCCAGUGGGCAUGUGCCUUCUUACGGGGAUAGCCAGUCUCCUGGAACAAGCCUGACAGUAGUAGUGGUAUAAUUUUGAGUAUAGUAAAAACCCACCAAACUUUGUAUUUGGAAAUGAUAUUUGUAUUUUAUGAAUUUGAAUUAUGUUUAUGGAAAUUACAAUGGUACCUAAAAUAACUUAACAUUUUGCCAAAUGAAUAUAUUGUUGCUUUUUCACAAUGUCCUGGGCUUUAAAGCAUUAUCUGUAGCAUAAUGCCAGUCCCUUGGGCCCUGACUUCAAGCACUGACUUACUCUUUAAUGAAGAAUAGGACAUUGUUAUUGGGCAUGGCUUUGGAAAAUGCUGCAUUUAAAAAAGGACCAUCCUUUAAAAAGUUGAGUCUGUCCUUUAGAUAAUGUGAUUUGUAAGUGCUCAUCACCUAGAACACGGCUAGUCUUAUUUUUCUCCUAGAAUCUGAAGUGCCUCCCACUCCUCCUGACCAAAUGUCUUUAAGAGCCAAAGUCCUCACUAUCUGACCCGAGAUGGGCCAGCACAAACAGAUUUCCAGUCGUCUGAAACUACUAUAGGUCUAUGCUUUGGAUAGCUUACCCAGAACAUAAAUAAUAGCUGUUACUUUUUUAAGUUGUAUAAUGCAUGCUCAAACUCUUUUCUUUUUUUUUUUUUUUUUUUUUUUUGUUGUUGUUGUUGAAUUAAAACUAUUCCUUGGGAUGGCAAGGCUUCUCAGAAAGUAAAAGUACUUGUUGCACAAGCUUGCCACUCUAAAAUUUGUGCCUGAACUCGCAGUGCAAGGGCAGAAUUGACUGCUGAAAGUGGUUCUCUGACCUUCACACGUGUGCCAUAGUGACCAAAUGAUAUGUGUGCAAACAUACACAUUGUAAUAAAUAGUUUUCAAGUAACACUUUCUUUUAAUAACCCCUCCUGUGUUGUUGAUUUCCAUCAUCAAACUUUAAAACUUUAAAUUCUUUGAGCUUCCUUUUUUAGUAAAUGGAAAUUGUUUAGUUACAGUUACAGGCAAAAGUGACAUUUGUUAUCCCUACUGAAAGGAUUCUGGGAUUUUAACAAGAAAACUAAAGCUUCAGUAAAUUCAUAGGAAUGAUUAUUUUAUGUUUACAGAUUUGCAUCAUCAAUUAAAAGGUUAUAUUUCUGAUCAGAAAGAAUACUCUGAUAGUGAGAAAUUGACAGAGAUGACAGGUGAGUGUGAUUAUUUUUGUAAUGUGGCACAAUUAAAAGUUCACCUUAGGGAGUAGGGAUCCUAGGUGAAUCUGAGUCUUACAUAUCGCUAGAUGGCACAUGUGUGUCACUCACUGAACUGACUGUGUUAGCAUGUAGCUUACCAUGUUCUCUUUAUUAUUUUUCCCAAAGUCCUUUUGUCUUCUGCACUGUAUAAACAAGGUGUAUUGUUAAUACAGAAGUUCUGCCUGGGGUUUUUGCUUCUGAUUGUGGGGCUAGAAUAGCUCUAUUAAUCAGAAAUUUGUCUAGAUUACUUGACUGACAAACCAAAAUAUUCAGUGAUCCUAAUAUACAAUAUUCAAAUUAGAAAUUUUUAUCUCUGCUUAAUAAGCUCAUUUAAGGAAAAAUUGAUUAAAACCAUUUUUACCUGACUUGACAGAAGACUAUACUGUGAUUUCUCAAAGGUGUUCCCAAAUUUAAAGUAUAUUUAAGUAAAGACAAAAUAUGUAUUCAGUAUAAGCUUACUUUGAUAUAUUCACACAUUUCUUGCAACUAAUUUAUCUUACAUUCAUUUUUCCUUAGGCAACUUUUAAAAUCACAGUGAUGGUAUAGACUCCUUUUAAAUGUACUGUUAACAAAUUGGAUAAUAUUUUAAUUUUGUUAUGAAAAAAUAUGUUGGAGAAGUAGGCAUUUUUUCACUGUUAACUUCUAGUGUAUUUAUUUUUGUAAUUUAUUGUUCUUCUAACCAUUGAUUAUUUAAUACUGUGUUAUCUAAAGAUAAAAUUGAGAUAAAAGGUAAAGACUUACUUUCCUAUUUCUACAGUGAUUAGCCUCAGAAUAUUGUUUUUAUAGGCUUUUAUUAUUUAUAUGUGUAAGAAAUUCUGUAUUUUAUAUGACAAGUAAGCAACUGAGUCACUAUUAUAUGAUUUUGAUUUGUAUGGUUUACAUUUUCACAUUUUGAGCUGUAUUUCAUUUAUACUGUUUAUAUUGUUUCAAACCAUUGAUAAUGAUACCAUGAAGUAUAAUUGCAUAGCAAUGCAAAUAUCUAAGCAAUACAAACUCUAUGCCUUGUAAAUGCAAUAAUAAAGUGUCCUUCU